GAGCUGGCGGGAGCUGGGGGGAGUGGCUGCGGCGGCUAGUGGUGGCCGCGGCGGCCGGCGAGCCCGGGACGCCCGAGCCUGCCCCGAGCCUCAGCGGAGCGGAGUGGCCUUGGCGCUCCCGUGCCCCGCUCGGUCCCCGCUGCACCCCGCCGCCCAGGAGCUCGGCGGACGGCGGCUCCCGCGGCGGCCCCGGCAUGACUCGGCGGCGCUCCGCUCUGGCGUCCUGGCUGCUCUUGUCGCUGCUCGGUGUGGCAGCAUCUCUGGAAGUGUCCGAGAGCCCAGGCAGUGUCCAGGUGGCCCGGGGUCAGACAGCAGUCCUGCCCUGCGCCUUCUCCACCAGUGCUGCUCUCCUGAACCUCAAUGUCAUUUGGAUGGUCAUUCCCCUCUCCAAUGCAAACCAGCCCGAACAGGUCAUUCUCUAUCAGGGCGGACAGAUGUUUGAUGGUGCCCUCCGGUUCCAUGGGAGGGUAGGAUUUACAGGCACCAUGCCUGCUACCAAUGUCUCCAUCUUCAUCAAUAACACACAGCUGUCAGAUACGGGCACCUACCAGUGCUUGGUGAAUAACCUUCCAGACAGAGGGGGCAGAAACAUUGGGGUCACUGGCCUCACGGUGUUAGUCCCCCCUUCUGCUCCAAACUGCCAAAUCCAAGGAUCUCAGGACAUCGGCAGUGACGUCAUCCUUCUGUGUAGUUCGGAGGAAGGCAUCCCUCGGCCCACUUACCUUUGGGAGAAGUUAGAUAAUACACUCAAGCUACCUCCAACAGCCACUCAGGACCAGGUCCAGGGGACAGUCACCAUCCGGAAUAUCAGUGCCCUCUCUUCCGGUCUUUACCAAUGUGUGGCUUCCAACGCCAUCGGGACCAGCACCUGUCUCCUGGAUCUCCAGGUUAUCUCGCCCCAGCCCCGGAGCGUUGGAGUGAUAGCCGGAGCUGUUGGCACUGGUGCUGUCCUCAUCGUCAUCUGCCUUGCACUAACUUCAGGGGCAUUCUUUUACUGGAGAAGCAAAAAUAAAGAGGAGGAGGAGGAGGAAAUUCCUAAUGAAAUCAGAGAGGAUGAUCUUCCACCUAAAUGCUCUUCUGCCAAAGCAUUCCACACAGAGAUAUCCUCCUCAGAAAAUAACACAUUGACCUCCUCCAAUACCUACAACAGUCGAUACUGGAACAACAAUCCCAAACCCCAUAAAAACACAGAGUCGUUCAACCACUUCAGUGACUUACGCCAGUCUUUCUCUGGCAAUGCUGUUAUUCCGUCCAUCUAUGCAAAUGGAAACCAUCUGGUUUUGGGUCCACAUAAGACUCUGGUAGUUACAGCCAACAGAGGGUCAUCGCCCCAGGUCAUGCCCAGGAACAAUGGUUCAGUCAGCAGGAAGCCUUGGCCUCAACACACACAUUCCUACACUGUAAGCCAAAUGACCCUGGAGCGCAUUGGUGCAGUGCCUGUCAUGGUGCCCGCCCAGAGUCGGGCAGGGUCCCUGGUAUAGGGUGACUGGGGAUGCUGUGUUCAGAAGAGAACAAACGGACUUCCUUCAGGCAAGAGGGAGAGUGGGAUGGGUGAGCGCUGGAAAGUGUAAACUUUUGUUACGAUUGAUUCCCUUAGUAUAAAGCACAAAGAAGAAGGCCUCGCUGCUGUUUCCUGCCACUGCAGUGUGUGAAGUGGCCUGGGGUUAUUCCAUCUUGAAGACUCAAGAAGACUGUUUCCCACCACAGUUGUCCUGAGAUUCAGUUUAAAAACAAAGCAUGCUGCAUCUCAAAAGCCGAGCCGAGCCAAGGAGAGUGCUAUAAGCUGAGGAGCACUUUACCACCCAAACCCAGGUCCGGCUGGACCCGCUCUUCAGUUCUUGCCUAACUCGAUCAUUUUCCGGACCCUUAAAGUGCCAGGUGGAAUUUACAUAACGAAAUUAUUUUUAAAAAAUAUAUGCCCUCAGGGGAAAGAAAAUAGGA